AUGUCAAUGGCUAGGACUUCGCAUCAAGUUGGCUCGGCUCCGCGCCGCUCACCGUCACCCGUAACUGUCAAUCCAUCCACUCUCCGAGUUGGAUGUUCUGACGUCCUUCCGUUUUACCAAUGGCAGUCAUCUGGAGUACAACGACGGGACACUCGCGAUCCCAUUGUACGUCGUUCCAGACCUGCUGGCGAGUUUAUGAUGGAUCAGUCCGUAUCAGUCCGAAUUCGCGCGAACCACUGGGUUAUAGGCGUCAUCGUGGGCAUUCUCCACAUGUGCCACAAGUACGCGAACGUUGGCUACGAAAUUCAAUAUUCAAUCGACGGGCGAUUGUGCACGGACACCUUUGCCGUGGACGACAUGCGUCGUUUAUGA